GUUUGCAAUGUAAAGGAGAGGAAGACAUUUUAGUUUUCUGAACGAAAGCUAGUUAUCCUAAUGCAGCGAGUUUAAGUUUACUGUUUCGUCUUUAAGUAAAUUUGCAUGUGCGUUUCAACUAGUUUUUACUUCCGUUAAAUAGCCAACUGGUGUGCAAAGUUAAAAAAUAUAUAUUUCGAGUGUAAGUUUUAGCCUCCCUGGUGCAUUAAGCUGCAGGAUCCUGGUGGAGGAGGCCGGGAUGUCUGACUGCAGGAUCACGAUGUCUUCUGAACACCUGGCCUUCGGAGGGCGACCUGCGGGGAAAGCGACGUCUUCCUCCGUCGCGUCCGGAAACACAAACUGGGACGGUGCGCCCGGCAUGGAUGGGAUAACCGUGGUGAGGAUUGAUGACACGCACAUCGCAGAGGAGCAGUCUCAUGUCGGGACAAAGGUUCGAGAGGGUGCCACAACGUACUACGAGAUGGAGUACUCGAUGCCAGCGGACGAGGAGGUUGGGGAGGAGGAGGAAGAUGUUUAUGUUAUUGAGUAUUCAAAUCCUGAAGAGGAAGGACAAAGCUACCAGUUCACGAUGUCGGUAGACAGAUCACUUCCUCCUAAAAAGCCAAUAAUUAAACAUCCUAUGGUCAGAGAGAGCGCCAGAGCUCCUGUGCCUGUGGCUGGAGCUCCUUUAGUCCUACCUGCAGCAGGAGCAUUUUUACCUGCAAAACCCAAAUCCAACAGACCACAGAGGCCAAGACAGGAGCCGAGGAAGAGGAGGAUGAUAGAAGAAGACAAUGUAACCAAAGAGGAGUUUGUGAGUAAUAAGUGUGUGCUGGAGCUCGGAGAGGACAUUAGUGAUGUGAUGAAAAGGAAUGACGGGAAAGCACUCGUGUGCUCGCUGUGUCCGCCGCCCGGCAAGAGCUUUAAGAGAGCCUCGGGUUUGGCUGUUCAUUUAAAACAAAUGCACCACAUGGAGGGGAAGAAGACUUUCUUCUGCACGUGGUGCCAGCAGUCCGUCCGCACUCAGAUCGAACUGGACGCUCACACGAAACGACACGCCAACCACCACGCCGUCUUCGUUUGCGCCCUCUGCCCGGCGGAGGCGGAGCGCGAAUCGGAGACGGGGGAGAAGGGCUUUAAAGGAUCCAGGUGGGGUCUGAAGAGGCACAUGGAGAAGGAGCAUCCAGGCACCAUCCCGCGCUGCGACGUCUGUUUCAGGAACUUCAAGUCGCUCGUGUCGUACCUGGCCGACCAGUUCAGGCACGUCGGCAAAACGCCGUACCACUGCGCCAAGUGUCAGAUCUAUGAAAUCACGGAGAGGGGACUGAGCGUUCACAUCAAAAACCACGACAAGCCGAAGAAGAGGAAACCAGGGCCCGUUGAAAACCAGAUGCAGACGCUUCCAGUCCCGCCUGUUGUGGAUAACUCUGCCACAGACGACUCGGACUUCUGACACUUUUUGUCUUUACAGAAACUUUUUUGUCAGAGAUUUUAGACUCAAGCAACUCAGCGACCUCCUCUUUGUCGGACGGAUGUCUGACAUGUAUGCAUUCACAACUGAACUUUGGACUUGUUUUUUUUUUGGUUUACAUUUUUUUUUUAAAUGCACAUUACUAUUAUGAACUAUAUAUGUCCUUAAAACUUGCCUCAAGUAAUUCAUGAAUGGUGCCAUGUGGUGGAGUGUACUACCUUUAUUAUAUAUAUUACUAUAAGGGGUCUCAACCUGCAGAUUUGGAGGUGUGUGUGUGUGUGUGUGUGGCCUUAUGUUCUUUGUCUUUAGUUUUGUUCCUUAUUGGUUAAUAUGUUGUAAAAGCACGAUGACACUUCUUACUGACGUUUUAACCCAGCGUGGAUUCAAACACCAACCAAUGGUAGAAACAAACACUAUGAAAAUAAUGACCUCAGUUUCACCUGUUUAUGAAUCCUGUCAAAACGUUUUAACUUUAGAGAGGAAGUAAGACGAAGACCUAUAUGGACAAAAUAUUUAAACAUGUAUAAAAGGGUGUUUAAAGUCACUAAAAUAUGAACCAGGUUUGGUGUGUGAACAGUAAACGAAGGGUGACAAUCUGUUUUAGGAAAUAUUAACAAGUGAAUCAGUUUUGUCAGUUGUUGGUUCAAAAUGUCUUUUUUAUUCUUUUCUGUGAGAGUUCGUCUCUGCAACAUAAACUUGUUUUUUGUUUUUUUUUACUUUUUUGAAAUUAAAGGGAUUCACCACUCA